AUGUACACAGUAUUGAAGGUUAAGGAACUUUAUUUUUUGAAAAGUCGAAAUUUUUUGUUCAAAUUCAAGGUAGAUGGAAAAAAUAGCAUUCAUGGAAAAGAGAUAUACUACAACUAGUAUCAAAUAGAAUCUUCUAAUGAUUGGCAUUUUAAUUGGAGGAUAUAUGAAGGUAAAAUUAAUUUCUAAACUUAAGCAAUGUUCAACAUGGGUAAUAGUAUUGAAGGAAAAGUAGAUUUCUAUUAAAAUGAAGAUAUCAUUGCUCAUAAAAUUAGAUAUCCAGAUGAAUAUAUGAUGAUUUCUUUACUGAAUCACAAUUUAUUAAUAUCUUUUUGUUUGCUAUUGAUAUAUCUUUACUCCUCAAUAUUAAAUUAUGGUCUUUUUAUAUCUACUUAUUAAAGGGGUAAUUAAUUAAGAUCAUUUUGGAACCAAAUCUGA